UUUGGGGAUUUAGGAUUGGGAAUUUGGUAUUUAGGAUUGGGCAUUUAAUCAUUUAGCCAUUUAGGAUUGAGGAUUGGGGAUUUGGGGAUUUAGGAUUGGGCAUUUGAGGAUUGAGGAUUGGGGAGUGUAUGCAAAUUAGGAGGCGUGGCCCAAAUACUGGAGGCUGGGUUUGAAAUGGCUGGUGCGCAGAGGCACCUUAUGGACAGCAGAGGGAGCUCCCAGUGCUAAGGAGCACACUGUCAGAGCGUCCUCUUCAGAGUAAAAGUUGUGGUUCUCUGCAUGCUCUGCCAUCCACAUUGGCUGCCAUAUUAACAAUGGCAAAGCCAGAGCUAGCAUCUUUGUUGAGACAGGCGCUGGACGUUUUGGACAAAGAAAAGGCUUCCAGUAACGUUGGAGAGGCUUCUUCCUCGACCACCACCUCGUCCAUUUUACCAACACCGAAAGUGUUCGGUCUAAACUCAACCCCGACUCGCGCCCACCAUGCUGUUCAAGACGAGCUGUCCAGAAUCUUUUCGCCAUAUAGCCGACCUGCAGCCAAAAAGAGGCCAGCAUCUCUGUGGUCAAUCAAACCAUCUAGUACCACCUCAUACACACACAAGUUCUUUUGUAUGAGUAGCAGAAAGGAUGACGAAGUCCCCUCACUGUCGUAUAAAGAAACGCUGACAGCUGCUGGAAUGGGGGAGCGUAAAAUAGUAUUCCCAGAUAAACUUUGCAGUGCUAGUGACUUCUCAGCACAGUUGGUCCACCACUAUCCCAAACUCAGGGAUGGGGGUGGUUAUGAACUGCUUCAUAUCGUCGGUUCAACCAGAAGCAAGGUGCUUGAGGUUCUGCCCUGCCCAAAAAAUGGAUAUUCCCCAAUGUACCUUCUCAGUGCUGAAGCAGGACUUGGCAAAGCCACUAUCUACAUUAGACCUCUGCAAAAAGAUCUGUGUCUAGAACCAGUAUGGGGGAGUUCUGCUGAUGAAAAUGAUGGACCAAUGGUUGAGUGCAUGUAUUGCCACAACAGUUUCAAACAUUCCAAUAUGCAGGAUCACGUAGACAUUUGUACAAGAGAUUUUGGCAACACAGAAACUCCCACAGUACAAGCUGAGUCUGACAACCAUGGAAAGAUGGACACCAGUACAGAAAGACAGACAACAUCAGAGGGCAGAGGUCAUAGACACACUCAAAAUGAGACUGACAUGUACAGGCAGACGCAGAUUGAAAGCAGUCAACACACUGAGAGACAGACUGAUAGAUGGCCACAAACCGACAGCGACCACCACAGACUCCAAAGGCAAUCGAGACAGAGAGAAGAACAGCCAUCAACCAGCAGUUACAAUGGUUCAGUCAACAUCUUUCAAUCUCCUGAAAAAAGUCAUAAUGCCGAAUGGAAAGCUGAAAAGGAUCCAGAAAAGGCAGCUGAGACCUACAGAAGGGAUUUACUGCAACAAUCAGAAACAUACAGGAGUCUGAAAUAUGUAAUGGAUAUGCAUGAGAGCCCAGAGGAGAAAGAGCGUGCAGUUGUGGUUUUCUACAAGCAGAAUAACAUCAACUGGGCCAGUCCAUUUUGUGUGUUUUUGAAAGGUGAUCCCGCAGUGGGAGAUGGAGUGAACCGGUUCUUUUUCACUUUUGGGAUUUCAAAACUCCAGUCUGGAUUCAGUUUUGGCCUAGAUGACACCAACAAAAGUUUGCUCUUUGUUGGUGAGGAAGACCACCUGGUGCCUUCCACCUCUACUUUCCUGCUGGAAGGCGAUAUCUUUCAUGUUGCUGGACGGAUUAUUGGGCACUCCUUUUUAAAUGGGGGACCAAAGCUGACUGGAUUAAGCCAAGCCAUUUUGGACUUAAUUUCUGGAAAAGAAGACACAAACCAGCUUGCAACUCAAGACAGCCCAGACAUUGAUGUGAGGGAAGUUGUCACUCUGCUUACCAGCAAGGACCCCUUGAGCCCAGCUGAUAAACACAAUGUUGCCGAGAUGUGUGUUGCUUGGGAUCUGCCCACUGUUGUUAAUGACACCAACCGGAACUGGCUUGCAGAAAAGAUCCUUCACCAUUCGGUGAUUACUCGAAGGAUCCGUCAGAUCAAGCAGCUGAAAAAAGGCCUGAAAGACACUGGCGUUUUGCAACUUCUUAAGGAAAAACCAGAGACUGCUGCAGUUCUUUUCCCCCGUUCAUCAAGCCUGGUGGUCAUGCCAGAGAUGAUUCUUGAACGAGUCAUUUGGCCUUCAAAUGAUAGCUCUGACAGUGAGCAGGAGUGCAACAUUGAACAGCAGUGCUCUGCUCUCGCAUUUUUCCGACAGUACGUGGAAAAUGCCAAUUCAGAAAGUUUGAAAGACCUCCUCAAGUUUUGGGUUGGCUGGGUGAUCUUUCCACAACACCUCUACAUUAAGGUUACCUCUGGUCUGCUGCCAAAGUCCAAGACCUGCUAUGAGACUUUGCAAAUUCCGGGAGAUCAUACAGGCUACAGCAACUUUAAAGAAGCUCUUGAAGGAGCUGUUCGUACAGCAGACACUGGAUUUGGGUUUAUCUAGCUACUCAAGGGACAGUUUCAAGGAGUUGUUUAUCCUUUUUAUGUAGCAGUGUUACAUACUGACAUGUUCAUUGUAACCCAAUGCACUUAUGUAAACAUAGAAAUGUUCUAAGAAUACAAAAGUUAUAUCAGGGUCAAGUGCCAUGGAGUUCCGAGUGUCUGCAGGUUAACGUUCCAAGCGCAUCCUGUAGAGAGUUAAUUAACCACCGUAGUUGGUUCGUUCUCUACAGCUUAAAUGGAUACUCAACUUUUUUUUGGAAAUAGGCUCAUUUUACAACUCCCCCAGAGUUAAACAGUUUCACCGU